AUGCUCGGUUUCAAAUUUGACAUGCCUCGUCGAGAGAGUACGUUGAAGGACAAAGCCCGCCCUAUCUACCUUGAUAUGCAGGCCACAACGCCAGUCGACCCGCGGGUGCUCGAUGCAAUGCUACCUUACCUGACCGAUCAAUACGGUAACCCUCAUAGCCGGACACAUGCGUAUGGGUGGGAGGCUGAGAAAGCAGUCGAGGACGCGAGAAAGCAUAUUGCCGACUUGAUCGGUGCAGACCCAAAAGAUAUAGUCUUCACGUCUGGGGCCACGGAAACAAACAACAUGGCUAUCAAGGGCGUCGCCCGCUUCCACAAGGAGAAGAAAAAGCACAUCAUCACUACUCAGACGGAGCACAAAUGUGUACUCGAUUCGUGUCGCAAGCUUCAAGAGGAAGGCUUCGAUGUGACGUAUCUUCCUGUACAGAGAAAUGGGAUAGUUGACCUGAAAGAACUUGAAGACGCCAUACGCCCUGACACGUCCCUCAUCUCCAUUAUGACUGUUAAUAACGAAACAGGCGUCAUCCAACCCAUCAAGGAGAUCGGGGAGAUUGCUCGAAGACAUCGAGGGGUGUACCUUCACACAGAUGCCGCACAAGCCGUGGGAAAGAUACCUGUGGACGUGAAUGAGAUGAAUGUCGAUCUCAUGAGCAUUUCGGGGCACAAGAUAUAUGGACCGAAGGGAGUCGGCGCUGCAUAUGUCAGGCGGCGCCCAAGGGUGCGAUUGGAGCCAAUACUGAGUGGAGGAGGACAGGAGAGAGGGUUGCGCAGUGGAACACUUCCUACUGCAUUGACUGUUGGCAUGGGUGAGGCCGCCAGGAUUGCAAAGUUGGAAAUGACAAGAGACCACGCUCGCAUCGCACAGUUGUCUCAGCGUUUGAUCGAUAGCAUUAACUCACGGGUUGAGCACGUCGUUCGGAAUGGGGAUGUGAAUGGUUUCCCCGGUUGUGUCAAUUUGAGUUUCUCAUACGUCGAGGGGGAGAGUCUGUUGAUGGCAUUGAAGGAUAUUGCCCUCUCCUCGGGAAGUGCAUGUACAUCUGCAUCACUAGAGCCCUCAUACGUACUCCGCGCGCUCGGCGCUGCCGAGGAUAUGGCGCACUCCUCCUUACGCUUUGGUAUCGGUCGGUUCACGACGGAGGCUGAGAUCGACUUCGUUGUUGAGAAGAUAGUCGCAACUGUGCAAAAGCUGCGCGAUAUGAGCCCGUUGUGGGAGAUGGUACAAGAAGGCAUUGACAUCAAUUCCAUUGACUGGUCGCAACAUUAG